UUUCAUCUCUUCUACCAACCUAUUCUUAUUAUUAUUUCACUCUCCCUCUCUUCCUCGUUACAACAACAACAACAACAACUUCAUUCUCUGCCUCUUCUCUCCACUCUCUUAACCAACAAACAACCUUGUAUUAUUAUUAAUAUAUAAUUAAUGCAAUGGCAAUAGACUGCAUAACAAGCAUACCCAUGAUGCCUCAACCACCAACCCAAGAAACAACCAAAGAACAAGAACAGCAGCAGCCACUGGUGUUUGAUGCCUCAGUCCUCAGACACCAACUUCACAUACCCUCACAAUUCAUCUGGCCCGAUGAAGAAAAAGCAUGCUUGGACGAACCCGAGUUGUUUGUCCCAUUCAUUGACUUGGGAGGGUUCCUCUCUGGUGACCCAGUUGCUGCAACGGAAGCCUCGAGGCUUGCUGGUGAAGCAUGCCAAAAGCAUGGUUUUUUUCUGGUUGUGAAUCAUGGGAUUGAUCAACGGUUGAUAUGUGAUGCUCAUCUUUACAUGGAGCACUUCUUUGGGCUUCCCCUGUCUCAGAAACAGAGGGCUCAGAGGAAGCCAGGGGAGCACUGUGGCUAUGCUAGUAGCUUCACUGGAAGGUUCUCCUCUAAGCUCCCUUGGAAAGAGACACUUUCCUUUCAGUACUCAGCUGACAAAAACUCAUCACCAGCCCUUGUCAAAGAUUACUUGUGCAGUAAAAUGGGCAAAGAGUUUGAGCAAUUUGGGAAGGUUUACCAGGACUACUGUGAUGCCAUGAGCAAUCUUUCUUUAGGUAUAAUGGAGCUUCUAGGAAUGAGCCUUGGAGUUGGUAGAGCCUGCUUUAGGGAGUUCUUUGAAGAGAAUAGUUCAAUAAUGAGGCUGAAUUACUACCCUCCGUGUCAAAAGCCUGACCUCACUUUAGGCACUGGACCUCAUUGUGAUCCAACAUCUUUGACCAUUCUUCACCAGGACCAAGUGGGAGGCUUGCAAGUUUGUGUUGACAAUGAGUGGCAUUCCAUUAAGCCGGAUCUCAAUGCUUUUGUUGUCAAUGUUGGUGAUACCUUCAUGGCUCUUUCGAAUGGGAGAUACAAGAGUUGCUUGCAUAGGGCAGUGGUGAAUAGCCAGACAACAAGAAAAUCUCUUGCUUUCUUUUUGUGUCCAAGAAGUGACAAGGUGGUAAGUCCACCAUGUGAAUUAGUGGACAAUUUGAGCCCAAGGCUAUACCCAGAUUUUACAUGGCCCAUGCUGCUGGAGUUCACUCAAAAGCAUUACAGAGCUGACAUGAAAACCCUUGAGGCAUUUGCCAACUGGCUCCGGAAAAGUAACUGAAAUUUCAAGAAGCACAUCAAGGGCCCUUGAUCUACCCAAAACAAAACAGAAAAAAAAAAAAAGUGACACGUGGAAUAUUAUUUGGCAAAGGCAGAUAAAGGAAAAAAGAGAAGAGGUGUGACACUGAAUAGGAGUUUCUUCAUGUUUUGAGUAGGGCAAUGGUACACUAGCAUUGAGUGAUGAUGAACCAAACAGGGAACAUAAAAUAGUUCAAAAGGAAUCAAUAAACAAAAUUCUUCGGGUCAUUCUGCAAUCUUCAUUAAUUUGAUGAUAUAGAAGAAGAGUUGUUCAUGUAAUGUGCAUAUUGAUAUGAUAAUUGAAGCAACUUUUCUUCGGGGAAA